AUGGCUCCCGAAUCGGAAUCUCACCCCGAGCCUCAGCGCUCCGCUCCCUCUGAGGCGCAAUCCAACAAGCCUGUGCCUGCUGCCGAACCAGCAAAGACCAAGGAUGUUCCAGACGGCGAGUCGGGCGCUGCAGCAGACGGCGAGCCCCGGAAGCGCAAGUUCGACGGUGGCCGAGGGGGUCGUGGAGGACGGAAUCGACGUGGUGGCGGUCGCGGAGGAAAAGGCAGCGGUCGCAAGCACGAGUUCACGCACAAGGAGGCCAACGAGCAACGUGGCGACAAGCGCGAGCGCCAAAAUGACUGGCGAGAGCGCAAGCGGCUAAAGGUCGACGAGAGCGGUAGACGCGUCGGUGCCGACGGCGAGCAGAGCUACAUGAGCAUCCAGUUCCCCAAGGAAGAGAUCGAGGCCGAGGAGCGCCGACCGAAGCGCAAGGUUGCUGUCAUGGUUGGAUACGCGGGCACGGGAUACCAUGGUCUGCAGAUCAACCACAAGGAGAAGACCAUUGAAGGAGAUUUGUUUGGCGCAUUUGUUGCGGCCAAGGCAAUCUCAAAAGUCAACGCCGACGAUCCACGAAAGUCGAGUCUGGUACGAACUGCGAGAACCGACAAGGGUGUACAUGCGGCCGGCAAUGUCAUUUCCCUAAAGCUGAUCAUUGAGGAUCCGGACAUUCUUCAAAAGAUCAACGACGCGCUGCCGCCUCAGAUCAGAGUCUGGGGUAUCCAAAGAACCAACAAUUCCUUUAGCUGCUACCAAGCCUGCGAUUCGAGAUGGUACGAGUACCUGAUGCCCAGCUAUUGCCUGCUGCCGCCUCACCCAGAGAGCUUUUUGGGCAAGAAGGUUGUCGAUUCGGUCAAGGAGCAUGGUGUUGAGGAGCAGUACAACCAGCGCUUGGCUGACGUUGCCAACUUUUGGGAGGACGUGGAGAAGAAUGAUAUCCAACCUAUUCUUGACAGCCUGGCCCCAGAUAUUCGCGAACGUGUCCAGCGAAGGAGACAUGCUGCCGAGUCCGAGAGCCAGGGCUCCAAGAUUGUCAAGAUCGACGAACCUGCCGAGGAUGACGCACAAGAUAGCACUGCUGAGAAGGCCGACACGGAAACACAACCUGCGGAUGACACAACAACAAAGGACACCGAUGUUGUCAUGACCACGUUGGACCAAGAUAAUGUGACUAGUGAGACAACCGCAGCAGAUGAAGCCGAUGCUACUUCGACGCAACCCUCAGAGCCGAAGGAAAUGAAGGAGUCAAAAGAGCCUAAUCCUGUGGAUGUCGCCCUCAAGAGGAUCAAGGCCGCUUACGUGGCAGCGAAGCGCCGAUACCGCAUCACCCCAGAACGCCUGAACCAGCUCCAGGAAGCUCUGAACCAGUACCUGGGAACGAAGAAUUACCACAACUACACGGUGCAGAAGAAUGCUACAGACCCGUCUGCCAAGCGUACCAUUAAAUCUUUUGUUGUAAACCCCGAACCAGUUCAGAUCAACGAUACACAAUGGCUCUCUCUCAAGGUCCACGGCCAAUCCUUCAUGAUGCACCAAAUCCGCAAGAUGGUCGGCAUGGCGGUGCUUGUGGUUCGCUGCGGAACAGACAUGGAGCGCAUCUCUCAAACGUACCGUGACGACAAAAUCAGUAUCCCAAAGGCUCCCAGUCUGGGACUUUUACUGGAGCGCCCCGUUUUCCACAACUACAAUCAAAGAGCCCAGGAUAGCUUUGAGCGACCUGCGAUCGACUUUGGCAACUACGAAAAGGAGAUCCAGCAGUUCAAAAACGAGCACAUCUACCAGCGCAUUUUUGACCUUGAGGAAAAGGAGAACUCAUUCCAUACUUUCUUCCACCAGAUCGACCACUUCAAAUCUGAUUACUUCUUGUGGGUAACUGCCGGUGGUAUUCCAGCUGCCCGCAAGCGCACUGGGCAGGGUGACGAUAUGCCCGAGCCUCUGAAGGCUGAGCUGGGCGACGACGAAAGUGAAGACGUCGAGGGUGGUGAAGGUUAA